AUGCUGUCCCGAAUUCGUGCAGAGCCAAGGCAAAGGAAAACCAAAGUCUUCAAGAAAUGGUUUAAAAAGGAUGAAUCGCUCGGUCACGCGCCAGAAUCUGGUUUGUCAGAGAUACUUGCCGGGAGGCCAAAGUCCAGACAAAAGGAGCGAGAUAAGGCAGAACAUGUGCAUCGAACGCCAGAAGAAGUACGGAAACUCCUAGACUCCUUGAACAUCCUGACCGAAACCGACAAUGAUAUACACUCUGCGGUUGUGCGCCUCGAAGAAGAAGAAAAAGACGAAGUUGAUGCGAGCACAAAUCCAUCACCGAUUCAAGAAUCGGAACCUGAAAAAGUCCUGCUCAAGACAGAGGUGAAGACAGAGGUCAAGACAGAGGUCGAGACAGAGGUCAGGACAGAGGUCGAGGCAGAGGUCGAGACAGAGGUCAAGACAGAGGUCAAGACAGAGAUCGAGACAAAGGCGAAAUCGAAACCCGACGUCACAAUCAGUGCCACUCCGGCUCGCAAAUCACAGGAGCUGUGGGAUGCAGCCUUUGUCAGCAUCGAAAAGUCCCCAGGAGGCAAAGAACUGGCACAGAAAUAUUUCAAAAUUUUGCACAAAACUCUCGGAGAUGAAGACGACAUCAACGACAUUGACCGUCCUGUGGACGACAGUAUCGGGGCCGGGCCUAGUAUGGCCACCUUGCGCCAACGAAACAUGGUCCGUCUCGUGCAAGCUGGGUUGAAAAAGGUGGAAAAGUCGGCCAAGAUCACCAACACAAUGGGCGCCUUUGCCGACGCCGUUUUGGCAGCCAGGCCUCUGGCCGAGUUUAUCAUCCAGACGGUUCCCCAGGCGGCACCAGCCGCGUUGCCCUGGGCCGGUUUGCUCUCCAAGCCUGCCAAAGCAAACAAGGUGAACCUCGAAGGCGUCAAAUACGUCAUUUCGCGGAUGGAAUGGUAUUGCGCACUCACCGACCAACUGCUUGACCCAUAUAGCAUCGAGGCCAACGGCCGGCCCAUUGAGGCGAUUCUGAACACGCUCCGGGAGCGAGUCGUCGACCUGUAUCGGAAGCUGCUUCUCUUUCUUAUGGAGAGCGUGUGCACCUACUACCGUCACCAGGGACUUGUUUUUGUCAAGACCGCGACGGAACUCAGCAGCAAAUGGAGUUCGAGCUUGACGAAAAUCAAGGAAGACGAGGCCAAUCUACGCAACGACUCGGCGCAGUUCAACACCGUAGAGGGCCGACGAGUUCUUCAAGAGACCAGCGACCGCACAGCCGCGACAAUGGAGCUCGUGGGCAACCUCGACAGGACCAUCCGGGACUUUAUGGACGAACAGAGGCAGAUGCAGACGAGCGAGAACGACCGGUUUCUGCUCCGGCAACUGUUUGUGGUCAAUCCCAAAGACGACAUGGAUGCCAUUGAGAGGAGAAAGGACGCCUUGCUCGACGACGCCUUCAAUUGGAUCCUCGACGUGCCCGAGUUCAGGGUCUUUACCAACGACAUCGAUACCCACGACGAUCUGUCGUCGACAAUGUCACAGCGCAGUCGUCUUCUCUGGAUCAAAGGCCCGCCUGGCACGGGAAAGACGAUGCUUCUGCUCGGCAUCAUCCGUGAGCUGUCGGAGCGGCCGGCGGCUCUGAGCCCAGGCAUCGCGCACUUCUUUUUCCAGAACGCCGACAACACGCUCAACAGCAGCAUGGCGGCCGUGCGCACGUUGGUCUGGAUGCUGCUCCAACAGCAGCCACAUUUGCUUCAUCAUCUUCGGGACAAGUACGAAAACGCCCAGCCGUCCUUUGUUGGUCGUCACGCAUUCGUUGGCCUCUGCAACAUGCUGGAGACCAUGCUGCGGGACCCCGAAUUGGAGCCCGUCUACUUCAUUGUCGACGCCCUCGACGAGUGCGACGACGGCCUGCCGGAGCUCAUUGACCUCAUUGCCCAGUCGCUCGCCAUCACCGACAAGGUGAACUGGCUCGUGUCCAGCCGCCCGACCGUGCCUCUCGGCACGCGCAUCGCGGCCAGCGCGCUCGUCGAGCUGGACUCGCAGCGGCUCGAGGCGCCGGUCCAUGCCUACAUCAACCACCAGCUCGCGCGCCUCACGAAUGCGCCCGGCUACACAGACGCCAUCCUCAGCGACAUGGCCCGCGAGAUCACCAGCCGCGCCGACAACACGUAUCUCUGGGUCUGGUUCGUCUUUCAGCGGCUCACCAAGCCAAACAAGAACGGCAAGACGCUCAACGGCAUGUACGCGCUGCGGGCCAUCCAGCAGUUCCCGCCCGGUCUCUCGGCGCUGUACGACCACAUCAUGGUCGCCAUCGAGCAAGGCGAAGAGGACGACCCUGCAUACUGCAAAUCCGCACUCCGGGCCGUCUACCAUGCCUACCGCCCCUUGUCUCUGGCGGAGCUGGCCACGUUCGUCGACCUGCCCGAAGACCAGACGGCCCGCAUCGUCGAAGAGUGCGGCUCCUUCCUCACGCUCACAAACACAACUGUCGGCUUGAUCCAUCAGUCCGCCAAUGACUACCUCACAGAGAACUACACUGUACGGUUGGGGACCACUAGCAUUGCCCAGGGCCAUGCCGACAUGGGACGGCUGUGUUUGGGUGCCAUGUCGGCGCGACUGCAUAAGAACAUGUACGAUCUUCCUAACAUCGGCCCCUACGAUCGAGAGACACCACCACCCGAUCCGGAUCCGCUUGCCUCCGUGCGCUACGCCUGCAUCUACUGGAUUGAUCACUUCCGAGAUGCUGUUGGUCAUUCAGGGGAGAAGGCCGGAACUUCUUUACUCGACAGAGAAGCAAUCUACUCGUUUUUACUGGCUCACCUCCUUCACUGGCUGGAGUCUCUUUCUCUAUUGGAAAAAAUAGGUGCCGGGCUGGUAUCCAUGCGCGCGCUCCAAGAUCUUGUCCCAGUCGACGAGACGUCCGAUUUUGCCGACUUCGUUCGAGACGCAGUAUCUUUCAUCAUGUGGAACAGCUUCUGUUUCGAGCUGUCACCGCUUCAAGCAUACGCAUCGGCUGUUCUGUUCAGCCCGAAAAAAAGCAAAGUCAAGCAACAUUUUGAAAGGCAGCCUGAGCUAGACUGGAUUAAAAAAAAGCCUGUGGUUGACGAAGACUGGCAGCAGUGUAUGCAGCUCAGUGGCCACAAAUACGCAGUUAAAGUGACCGCUUUUUCACCAGACGGAAAGCUACUCGUGUCUGGCGCAAACGACGGGACUGUUAAGGUGUGGAACAUUCAAUCUGCAAUUUGUAUAACUACAUUUGUCGGCAGAGCCACGUCCUCGGAUUCAGUUGCCUUUUCUGUCCCAGAUGGAAAACAUGUGAUGUCGUGCACAUGGGACGGUGCAACGACGAUUUGGGAUGUGGCAUCAGGAGAAUGCAUGCAUUAUUCAACAAGACAAUACAAUGGCAGCCUCAGAUCGUCUGCACUUUGCACCACAUCUGGCAUACGAGUAGCAUUCGGCUAUAACAAUGGAAAAAUCGAGGUCCGGGAUGUCGCAUCAGAGAAACUUGUGGAGCUAUUCACCAACAGCAGUGAAACGAUCGUCCAUCUAGCUUUUUCUCCUGAUGGAAAGCAUCUCGAGUCUGGGGCAAGCGAUGGCACUGCAAACACGUGGGACAUCGCAUCUGGCAUGUGUCUGAAUACACGUGACAACGACACCAAAAUUGCUGAAAUUAACUACAACAAUGAAAGACACGAGGACAUGUUUGCAUUGCCAAAUGGUCGAUGCCUUCUUGCAAGUCGGGUAGAUGCCAUCAUACGAAUCUGGGACCUACCAUCCGGACAUCGCCGUCAUCGGACUGAACCAAACUCUUAUGAAGUCCAUCGAAUUGUGUUCGCCCCUGAUGGUUCCCUUUUGGCUGCAGCUAUGGACAACGGGAAAAUUGCAAUAUGGGACCCGGCGUCGGGCAAUCGUCUCCAUGUCCUGAAAAAGCACACAGGGACGAUCCAGUCGGUUGCCUUUUUCCCUGACGGACAGACGCUAGCAUCCGUCUCGUCGGACGGCGCAGUUAAUAUAUGGAAUGCGGCUUCGGGAGAGUUUGUCUAUGGCAUCGAGGAUGGUGACAGCCGCUUUAUAGCCGUGGCCGUUUUACUUAACGGGAAGCGGCUGGCAACGGUUACGUCCGACUUCGUAGUCGACAUCUGGAAAACCAGCUCGUGGGAGCGAAUAAAGACAAUGCGCAGUGGUUCUUUCGACGUUGUCGCCUCGGCGGACGGAAGCAAAUUGCUGCACUCUACAGAAAACGGAGAUAUUGAGAUUUGGGACUUGGCGUCUAACGAAUGCAGACUUACAGUCAAAGAUUGCCAUUGUUUUUUUGCGCGGACCUUCUCACUCGAUGAGACGAAAAUUGCAUUUCAGUCGGACAAUUUCGUUCAGGUGUGGGAUUUGCAGUCCAAGAAGUUCCUUCAUUCACUCGAGGGAAAUGACACAAUAGCCAUGCAAAUUGAUUUCUCACCGGACGGAAGGUUGCUGGUGUCCGCCACCGCACCAGGUCGCGUCAAUGUUUGGGAUGUUGCGACCGGGCUACGGACCCAAACGUUCGACGACUUCGGAAGUGUCCGCAUAGCGGCCGUGUUUCCUCCUGGCGACGAGUCAGGGGGUUCAAAACGGUUUCAUGGAUUGGGCUGGGAUGGGGAAUGGAUCACCAAUGACGGAGAGCUCUUGCUUUGGGUGCCCAAUCGCUAUCGGUCUGGUUUAGCAUUUGCGGUGUAUGGGGAAAGCAUCGCAAUUGCUUCACAGUCUGCGGCUGUAUGGGUUAUCGGACUCUAG